GCGCGCGGUGCAGGAUGGGCAGGCGGCGCGUGCGCAGUGCGGGGCCGGAGGGAAGAUGGUGCUGAUCAAGGAGUUCCGAGUGGUUUUACCCUGCUCAGUGCAAGAGUAUCAAGUUGGGCAGCUGUAUUCUGUGGCAGAAGCUAGCAAGAAUGAAACAGGAGGUGGCGAAGGAAUUCAAGUCUUGAAAAAUGAGCCUUAUGAAAAGGAUGGUGAGAAGGGACAAUACACCCACAAAAUCUAUCAUUUAAAGAGUAAAGUCCCUGGGUUUGUAAGGAUGUUUGCUCCAGAAGGCUCCCUGGUGUUCCACGAGAAGGCCUGGAACGCGUAUCCCUACUGUAGAACAAUUGUGACGAAUGAAUACAUGAAAGAUGACUUCUUCAUAAAAAUUGAGACCUGGCAUAAACCAGAUUUGGGGACAGCAGAGAACGUGCACAAUUUAGACCCAAACACGUGGAAGAGUGUUGAAGUUGUCCAUAUUGACAUUGCAGAUAGAACCCAAGUAGAACCAGGAGACUACAAAGCUGAUGAAGACCCUGCGUUAUUUCAGUCCGUUAAGACGAAGAGAGGACCUUUGGGGCCAAAUUGGAAGAAGGAGCUAGCAACUGAUGAAGAGUGUCCUAAAAUGUGUGCUUACAAGUUGGUGACUAUCAAAUUUAAAUGGUGGGGGCUGCAGAACAAAGUUGAAAACUUUAUACAAAAGCAAGAAAAAAGGAUAUUUACCAACUUCCAUCGCCAGUUGUUCUGUUGGAUUGACAAGUGGAUUGAUCUGACUAUGGAAGACAUUAGGAGAAUGGAGGACGAAACCCAGAAGGAGCUGGAAGCGCUACGUAAUCAAGGCCAAGUCAGAGGAACCAGUGCUGCCCAUGAUGAGUGAUGGUGGAUGAGCCGUCGUCACAUGCAGCGCUGAUACACAGACGUGUGUGUGGAUGCAUGAUUAUUUGUAUAUAAUUAUAUAUACGCACAUGCAUACUGAAAGGGGUUGUGACAGUGUCUCCAGGGUACUAUACCUGUCCUCAGCAAAGAUUCAAAGGAAACUGCUUUCAUUAUGUAUACCCGAAGCAAAUAAAAAUCAACUGAGUAGUGUCAUUUAAAGGAUGAAUUAACUGCGGAAUUAUGCUAACUGGUAUGUUUCAUGAAUGUCAAUACUGGACCAAUUUAUUCCCUACUUGUUUUUUUUCCUGUCUUGAGUCACUCUGCUAUAACUGGCCCAUUUGUAAAAGGAACAGAUUCAAGUUAAUUCCAGUUUUGUGUCUUCCCUAUGUGAUUAUUUUUGGAAUAGGAACAAUGAAUGUAUUUAUAGCUAUUUAUUUCUGGAUUGUCAUUAGCCUAUAGUCAAAUCAGAACAAAAUUUCUACUAGUGGAAAUUGGAAGACUUUUACUGUUGAAAAAGUUUAACCCAAACUUUAUACCCAUUCACUGAUUUAAAAGAAAAAAAAUCAUGUUUUAUUGGACUUUUGUACAUUGAAUUGCUAAUGUUUUUUCUUCAUUAAAAUUGGCAAGAUUAAGGAAAAA